UGAAGAAAUGGCGAGGGUGGGAGCAUCAUUCGUGUUGGUGUUUGUGUUUGUGAUGAUGUUGGGGGUUGUAGUGAGUAGAGUGAGAGGGGACAAGUGUGGAGAUGAGAUACAGGGCUUGGCCACCAACUGCGCUCCGAUAUUGCAGGGCAACGCUCCCUCUGCGGCGUGUUGUGGGCUGAUCAGGAGCGCCGACAUGUCGUGCGUGUGUCCCAAGGUCACUCCUGCAAUUGCUGCCUCCAUCAAUGUGCCCAAACUGGUCACCAUCAUCCAGAGUUGCGGUAGAAAUGUUCCUCAUCAAACUCGAUGCGGAAGUAUUGUGACGCCAUGAUUGGAAUCCAGUGGAAGCUCAAUAGAAUACAAUUGUUUAGAGUUUAUGAAGCACAUCCCUAUUUGAUAGCGUUUAAAUAAAAUGUUUGUCUUCCUAAUAUGUAACUGGGUUGAACAAACGUAUGUGGGAUGCUCCACCUGAAAUUUUAGAACCAUUGUAUAUUG